AGUGUAGCAGGGUGUGGAGUCAUCACACAGAUGACAUCCUUACCUUGUCAGUGUAGCAGGGUGUGGAGUCAUCCCAGAGCUGGUAUCCUUACAAUGUCAGUGUAUCAGGGCUUUGAGUCAUCCUCACCUUAAGACAACCUCUUUGGUCACAUAAAGAGGCGCCCGACCUCAGGUCAGAAGAUUCGUGCACUUUAAAUCUUAUUCACCAUGUCCAUGAUUCGAAUCUCCCAGCACGGAGCACCGCUAUAAUGAUGCCCGACGGCGGCUUAAACGUACGUUUAUAUCACACAUGGACACAUGACUGUAAAGUCCGGGCCAUGUUGUCUAUGAACAAGGGAAUAUGUAGUUGGGCGGAGAGCUGAACCACACAUGACACGUACCUGGAUAUCUCCGGCCAUGUGGACGAGGUGUGAGACCAAGGAUCAGAAGGCCGAUGUUGACAAAGCUGUUGCUGCAGCUAAAGGGGCGUUAGAGUUCGGGUCCCCAUGGCAGAGCAUGGACGCCAGCAAGAGGGGGCGUCUCCUUGAUAAACUGGCCGAGCUUAUGGAGCGGGAUAAAGCAUAUAUCGCCAGCUUGGAGGUCAUCAACAGCGGCAAGACAUACCGCGAGGCCUUCUUUGUCGACGUCCUGAGCAGUGUCAGGGUACUGCGGUAUUUUGCAGGGUUUGCAGACAAGAUUUCUGGCAAAACGAUCCCGAUAGAUGGGGAAUACUUCUGUUAUACACGACCUGAACCUGUUGGCGUUAUUGGACAGAUCAUACCGUGGAAUUUCCCUAUACCAAUGAUGGUAUACAAGAUAGCCCCCGCGCUGGCGUGUGGAAACACGGUGGUGCUGAAGCCGGCGGAACAGACGCCUUUAUCAGCGCUGUACUUAGCGUCUCUUAUCAAGGAGGCUGGGUUCCCGCCUGGCGUCGUCAACAUCGUCCCUGGGUUCGGUCCCACCGCCGGCGCUGCCAUCGCCUCCCACCCCGACAUCAGCAAAGUGUGCUUCACGGGAUCUGUUGAGGUUGGCCGCCAAGUGAUGACGAUGGGUGCCCAGUCCAACCUGAAGCGUCUGAACCUUGAGCUUGGAGGCAAGAGCCCGAUAGUAGUGUUUGAAGACUCGGAUAUGGACUAUACCAUCGAGAAAUGCCAUCACGCUCUGUUCUUCAACGCCGGCCAGUGUUGUAUGGCAGGGUCAAGGACGUAUGUACAAGAAGACAUAUAUGACGAAUUCGUGCAGCGGAGUGUGAACAGAGCCAACACAAGGAUAGUUGGGGACCCCUUGGACCCGGCCACAGAAUCGGGACCACAGUUAGACGAAGCCCAAUUCAAGAAGAUUUUGGCAAUCAUUGAGUCCGGCGUCACUGAAGGCGCCACGCUUCACUGUGGGGGACAGCGACACGGGGACAGGGGCUACUACAUCAAACCGACCGUCUUCAGUGACGUCACAGAGGACAUGCGCAUUGGCCGAGAUGAGAUAUUUGGACCUGUACAGUGCAUAAUGAAAUUCAAAACUCUGGAUGAAGUCAUUGCGAAAGCCAAUUCUUCUGAUUACGGCAUUGCUGCGGCAAUAUUCACCUCGGACAUCGACAAGAUCAUGCUCUUCAGCAGCAGGGUGAAGGCCGGGACGGUGUGGGUGAACUGCUACAAUUGGCUGACCCCGCAGACGUCGUUUGGAGGUGUGAAACAGUCGGGCAUGGGCAGAGAACUGGGGGAAUGUGCCAUCAGGGAAUACACAGAAGUGAAGACGGUGACGAUGAAGGCUCCGGCGAAAGUUUGAGACGUCAUGGACAAGGUGGACUCAUGGCAGCACCUUCCCUUGUGUGUCUGUUACUUGUAUAUAGCAGUCUAUAGCCAGGUCUUUACAGAAGUCUGACGUCAUCGUGUAUAUUCAUAAUGAAAUUAAAACAUCUACACAAAACA